CCGAGCUUAUUUUCGUGGGAUAUUCCUCGUCUUGGUUCCAUGAUUAAUUACGUUUAGUAUACUGAUUUCAAACCGAUCGAACCGACUCACUGACCUGCUGGACUUCGUUGACCCGAACUUCUAUCUGGAACCCGUUCAGUAUCUAAGAAACGCGCUCUUUAAUAUGACGUAAACAUGUUUUCACUUCUCGUGAGAUGGGCGGUGUUAAUGGCUAGUUGAAUGCGCGAGCAUUGUUACCGCUACGCACGGUAAAUCAAAGUCCUGAAUUUUAUAGUGAGCUUAACAGACUGCUAUAGGAUUAUGUUGUAUCAUAUGUAGAGUGUCUGUUCGAACGGAGUGUUUAUAUUUGUAUCAAACCAUGCAAACAAUAUCGUAAUAUGACAUCGACAGUAUUGAGCCAUAUAUGACCUCAGCGUGAUUUUACAAGCUAAUAUUUUUAUGGAUGUUCACUCAGUCCAAUAACUUUUGAUUUUUAAGUGUAGUGUUACGUCAGUUACUAAGUUAGGGUGUAGAUCUUGGCGCUAGGUUUUGUUGAUACGGUGUAUAAUUUGUCAACAGUAAAUGAGGAAGUACGUGCAGGGGAUUGUUUGAUUGAAAGCCAGUCACAGGUGCCAAUUGGAUUAGUUGGUGAAUCCUUUCAAAGUUCAUAAUGGCAACCGGGAAGAGUUCGGCCACACAGAAAGCUACACUAACCGUCAACCAGCACGAAUCGUCAGAGAAGUCAGCGGCAACGAAUGGACCACAACAACAACCCGUUCGUCGCAAGUCAGGAAUGUUAUUAGAGCUACGAGAUUACGAAGAAGACGAAAUGUACGGUCCGGAAGCUGGUAACUCCUCAAGAAGACCCUCUACAUCUUCAUUAUCAAGAUAUCGCUCGUGCCCACAAUUAGCUUCAGCUUUAUCAAAGCCGGAUUCUCCAGGAAGCGAUCUCCUAACAAUUGAUGAACCCUCCACCGACGAUAUUUCGCCUAAUAUCAGUCGCACAUUUCAAAGUCCAGAUUCGGAUCGGUCGUGUACACCGACUCCUCCGUCUUCUCCGGGUAGUCGCCGCAGUGAUACUAGCAAAUCAAUUCCAGGUAAUACAACCCCUAGCUGGGACCCCUCAUCGCCAAGCUCCACUCCCAAGUUACACAGAAGGGCUCGAAAAGAACAUAAAUACGACAGGAUAGCGUCUACAGAGAGUGCUCCAAGGGAGAUAAAUCUAAGAUUACCUUUACGCGAAGACACGUCUUCCAGGUUCGACAGGAGACGUGAACGCGAUUCCAAAACGUUUUCUGAUUUAUAUGAUAGCCCUCCCGAUGUCAGUAUUGACUAUCGAGUCAGUGAAACCUCGGAUGACGAUUCUAUAAAAUAUCAUGGACAAAACCAUUUACCGGAUGACGGACGUGACAAGUGCGAACGUUGGUUACAGACCUUGAAAUUAAGCAAUGCCGAUAGAAUAAAAUCUAGAAGUCAAAUGCAACUCCCGCCUAUGUGAUGAAAUGUGAAUUUAGUUUUGUUGGGAUUUAACAGGCAUAUGUUUGUUCUCGGUAUAAGGAAACGAUUUGAAAAUUCCACGAACGUGUAAUUGCCUUUUUAUUGGAUUAUUUUAUGCCCAUAAAUUAUGUGGCACCGAGAAGUGGUAUAUCGUGUAUUACAGAACGAGUAAACAUACCCUGCCUCGUACGGUAUAUAUUAUUAAUAAUUGUAAUUUAAGGAAUUUAAAAUGUUGCCGCUUGUGAGUGUUUACAAAAAUGGUGAUAAUGUGUUCCCAGGUAAUAAAAUGUGUUCUGUGUUUUAAAUAAUUUAUUGUGUUCGUCUUUGAGUGAAUCGAAUGCAGGUGUUGUCUGGCGUUUUACUUAAAACGUGUCGUGUUAAAAAGCCACCCUACCUUAAAAUGCCCUCCUUCGCUUUUUCCAUCUGUUUACCAAUGAAAUUCCAAUGUCAGCGGUUUGAUUAUCCCGUAUACUUAAAAGGCGGGUGGCAAGAACGUUUGUCUGCGAUAUCACUCUAUUCUAUUCGGAGACCCUGUUCAUAUUCUACAGAAAGUUGAAAUUUAAUUAGGAAUAAUGUUCUGGAAUAUUUAGGACGCGAUGUAAUUUUUUUAAAGGUUCGGGGUGGGAUUUGGGGUACGAGCAGGAACUUAUGGUCAGAUUGUAUUCUAGGCGUCCUACUAUUUACUUCAGGGGUGCAGCCAACACUUUUACAUACCAUGUGCCAUAUUAUGUACACGGCGGUGUGAAAAACUGUAAAUCGUCCACAACACCCGAAAGAUAGGAAACUCCCCUCAAAAUGAGUUUUAUUUUUCGGACUGUCACAGACAAAAAUAGCCACCGAGAACUUGGCUCUAUUCUGACAGGCACCAUAUCUUGGAAUAUUUAGAUCGCUUAUAUUUUAUGUCAUGUGAUUUCUUUCCAUUUAAAUUAUGUUGAGUAUAAAAUAUAUAAAAUUAAUAUGUAAGUACAAGAAUUGUAAAUAAUAAUAACUUGCUUGUAUAUUGGUACGUGUAUAAAUAUAAUAAUGAAUAUUAUGGUCUUGUGUAAAAAAACCCCAAAAAAACCCAAAAAUAACCAAGAAAAAAACGUUGUUUUUAUUUACACUGUAUUAUGAAAAUAAAAAAUAUCUAUAUUUUGUGAA